UGGUAAAAAGAGCAAUGGCUCCCAACCCAAAUCAGCUUCCUGUGAUAACCUUCAAUACAAAAACCUUAAACCGUAGCAAUGGUGCUUGGCAAUCAACGUCUCACGCCCUGCGGGGAGCCCUCGAGAACUAUGGCUGUUUCAUCCUGGCCACCGAUAAAGUCUCUUCGGAUCUACGUGACACCAUGUUAGAGCUCGCUAAGGAUUUGUUUCAUCUACCUAUGGAAACGAAGGUGAAGAACACUUCUGAUCUCCUUGGUUUCGGAUACGGGAAGUAUGCAUCUAUGCCUCUUUGGGAGUACUUUGGCAUCGAAGGUGGAGCCACCAUUGAAGGCACCCAAAGCUUUACUGAUCUUCUCUUUCCUUCAGGCCACAAAGUCUUCUGCGAGACUGCAUUCCAGUACAUGAAACUGUUAUCAGAAAUCGAUCAUUGCGUGAUGAGAAUGGUGUUUGAUAGCUACGGGGUUGACGCCAAGGAAUGUGACCGUAUGAUUGACUCUACGUUGUACUUGUCUAGAUUCAUGAAGUAUCGGUCACCCCGUGAGGGAGAAGGCAUUAUGGGUCUUUUCCCUCACUCCGACAAGAGUUUCUUAGCAGUUUUAGACGACGACGUCAAAGGAUUAGAGAUCAAGAUGAAAAAUGGAGAGUGGAUAUAUCCUGAGCCCUCUCCAUCAACGUUCAUUGUCUUAGCCGGAGAACCCUUCAUGGCAUGGAGUAACGGGAGGAUUCAUGCGCCAGUGCAUCAAGUGGCGAUGAGAACAUCGGAGAAAGAAGUUAGGAAUUCGUUGGGGCUAUUUUCGUUUAUGAGGGCGACAGUGGAGGUGCCUGAGAAAUUGGUGGACGAUGAAGAACACUAUUUGCAAUUCAUGCCUUUUAAUCAAAUUGAAUUCUUAAAGUAUGUGACCACGGAGGAGGGAAAGGCAUCCAAAUGCGCGAUCAAAUCCUACUGUGGCGUUACUAGCGCCGGCGCUGACUAGUGACUGGUUAGGGUGUUAUGAUGUUAUCUGUUGUUGGUAAGUUGUUUGCAUGUAAAAUAUAAGUAUGUUAUAAUAACUGGGAUUUAUUAUUAAACUUA